GAGAGAGAGCGCGAGAGGAGAGCGAGAGAGCGAGCUGCGAGCUGUGCUGCCGCCGCCGCUGCCCUUUGAUCCCGACAUUAGUGUUAGGGGCUCGGAGACACAGCGCGCGGCCAUAGACACCGCCGCACCGGCGCUCAUUUAUUUAUACCUCCCAUCACACGCGAGCACAGGACACACACACACUCACACCUAUUAGAUCCGUUUCCAUUGAAGAAUAUUACGCUCGGGGACAAGCCAGGUGCACGACCAAAAAAUUAAAAAAAAAAAAAGAAAAGAAAAAAAAGAAAGAAAGAAAGAAAGGAAAGAAGAAAACCCCUCUUCUGGCUCCAGGAAACAAGCUUCAACCCAUUGCACACACCGGAGAGAAGGGGUUUCCCCCUGCCCGCCCCCCAACUACCUCCCCGCUCCUGCCAGUGUCUGCCUGUCUGCCCCCACGGGGGUUUAUUUGAUCUCACAUUAACCGAGGAGGAGAAUGUGAGAAAAGGGGGAAAAUGCCCAGGAGGAAGCAGGAGCAGCCCAAGCGCCUUCCCUCACAUGUUAGUAGGCAGGACGAGGCGGAGGGCGAGUUCAGCGAAGGAGAACACUGGUAUGGGAACUCCUCUGAGACUCCAUCAGAAGCGUCCUAUGGGGAAGUCCAGGAGAACUAUGCGCUAUCCCUGGAGGACCGGAUCCAAGAGCAGUCCACAUCCCCCGACACCUCCCUGGGCAGUGCCACCCCCAGCAGCCACACGCUGGAACUGGUGGCCCUUGACGGUGAGGUCCUUCGAGACUCGCUGCAGUGUCCAGACCACCUUUCGCCUGGAGUGUCUUCUGUGUGUGACGAUGACCCACCUAGCUCGAAUAAACCUCUGAGCAGCAACUUGAGGCGGCUGCUGGAGGCCGGGUCCCUUAAACUCGAUGCCACAGCCAAUGGCAGGGUGGAGUCCCCCGUGAAUGUUGGCACCCGUCUGUCAUUUUCGCCGCCUUCCCAUCAUGCCCAGCAACUCAGUGUCCUGGCCAGGAAGCUGGCCGAGAAGCAGGAUCAGAGUGACCAAUAUACCCCCAGUAACCGUUUCCUAUGGAACCAAGGUAAGUGGUUGCCGAACUCAACCACCACCUGCGGCCUGUCCCCAGAUUCGGCCAUCCUCAAACUGAAAGCUGCAGCCAAUGCUGUUCUGCAGGACAAGUCCCUGUCCCGGACAGAGGAGAGCCUGAGGUUUGAGUCCUUUUCCUCCCCCUUCAGCUCCCAGUCUGCCAGCUCUACCUUGGCAGCUUUGUCUAAGAAAGUGAGCGAGAGAAGUCUGACCCCCGGUCAGGAGCACCCACCUCCAGCCAGCUCUUUCCUGUCACUGGCCUCCAUGACGUCCUCUGCGGCCCUUCUGAAAGAGGUGGCCGCCAGGGCCGCGGGGAGCCUCCUGGCUGAGAAGUCGUCCUUGUUGCCCGACGACCCUCUACCGCUGCCGCCUUCUGAGAAGAAGCCAGAAAAAGUCACCCCCCCACCACCACCUCCUCCGCCCGCGCAGCCUCAAUCCUUGGAAUUAUUGUUACUUCCGGUUUCCAAGGGAAGAGUCUCCAAGCCCUCCAAUUCAGUCCCAGAAGAAGAGAGCGGGAAGCCUUUCCAGUGUCCAAUAUGCGGCUUGGUUAUAAAAAGGAAGAGUUACUGGAAGCGGCACAUGGUGAUACACACAGGUUUAAAAAGCCACCAGUGUCCGCUCUGUCCAUUCCGCUGUGCUCGCAAGGACAAUCUCAAAUCCCACAUGAAGGUUCAUCAGCACCAGGAUCGGGGAGAGACCUUUCAGUGCCAGCUGUGCCCUUUCACCUCCUCACGCCACUUCAGCCUGAAACUGCACAUGCGUUGCCAUCAGCACUUCCUGAGGACAGAGGCCAAGGUGAAGGAGGAGAUCCCAGACCCAGAUGUCAAGGGAUCUCCCCACCUCAGUGACAGUGGCUGCCUGGGGCAGCAGAGGGAAGGAGGAGGGACAGAGCUAGUGGGGACCGUGAUGACGUCUAAUACUCCAGAGAGGACUGGCCAGGGUGGGGCUGGCAUGGCACCUUUGCUGGUGAAGGAGGAACCCAAGGAAGAUAACAGCCUGCCCGCCUCCUUUACUCUGAAUGCUGCCGACAGGCCCGCCAACCACACAAAGCUGAAAGACCCCUCCGAGUUUGUGUCCAACAGUGCAGCAGCAUUGUUCAGCCAGGACAUCUCGGUUAAGAUGGCCUCCGAUUUUCUCAUGAAGCUGUCAGCUGCAAACCAGAAGGAGCCUAUGAAUCUUAACUUUAAAGUGAAGGAGGAACCCAAGGAAGAGGAGGCCCUAAGCACGCCCUUGCCCCGGUCCAGCUACGUGUUCAGCCCGGAACCGGAAGUGGCCACCCCUAACCUCUCCGAGGACCCACUGACUCCCCAGGAAAGCAAGGGGAGCGUGCCAAGGCGUGACCUGUCUGCCAAAGCUGCCUCAGAACUUCUCAUGAAGCUCUCAGCGGAAAGCUACAAGGAAACACAAGCAGUGAAAGUUAAAGAGGAACCCAUGGAGGUGGACAUCCAGGACUCCCCAGUCCCCAUAUCUCCCAGCCGGACCCUUGGCUACAGCACUUUAAUGGGGCGAGAGAAAACUGAACCCUUACAGAAGCUUCCAGAAGGUAGAGUUCCCCCGGAGAGGAAUCUCUUCAGCCAGGACAUCUCCGUGAAGAUGGCUUCUGAGCUUCUUUUUCAGCUCUCGGAAAAAGUGAGCAAAGAACACAAUCACACAAAGGAAAACACCAUUCGGACGACCACCAGCCCUUUCUUUUCAGAAGACACAUUUAGACAAUCACCAUUCACCUCCAAUUCAAAAGAUCUGCUGCCUGGAGAAGCUGCGCCGCACGGAAGAAUACCAGCUCCAGAGACAGAAAAGCUAGUCCUCGAGGCAGGAAAUGGAUUACCGUCCUGGAAGUUCAAUGACCAGCUCUUUCCCUGCGAUGUAUGUGGGAAAGUGUUUGGCCGACAGCAGACAUUGUCGCGACACCUCUCUCUGCACACAGAGGAAAGAAAAUACAAAUGCCAUUUGUGCCCCUACGCUGCCAAGUGCCGUGCAAAUCUAAACCAGCACUUGACCGUACACUCUGUGAAGCUGGUGAGUACCGACGCCGAGGACAUCGUCAGCGCCGUCACUUCUGAAGGCGGUGACGGGAGGAAACACCCGUAUUAUUACAGUUGCCACGUGUGUGGAUUUGAGACUGAACUCAAUGUCCAGUUUGUCAGCCACAUGUCACUUCACGUGGACAAGGAGCAGUGGAUGUUUUCCAUUUGCUGCACAGCCUGUGACUUUGUCACCAUGGAGGAAGCAGAGAUAAAGAACCACAUUGGCACCAAGCACACAGGGGAUGACAGGAAGACCCCCAGUGAAUCAAACAGCCCCUCCUCAUCCUCGCUGUCAACUCUGAGUGAUUCCGCCAAUGGCAAAGAUGACUCAGACAGCUCCCAGAAAAACAAGGGUGGGGACAACUUGCUGGUCAUCUCUGUGGUACCUGGGGGCCAGCCCUCACUGAACAGCGAGGAGAAGCCAGAGAAAGCUUCGGUCCUUUCAGGGUUCGAAUGCGUUUUUUGCAACUUUGUCUGCAAAACGAAGAAUAUGUUUGAGCGCCACCUGCAAAUCCACCUCAUCACCCGGAUGUUUGAGUGUGACGUGUGCCACAAGUUCAUGAAGACCCCUGAACAGCUGCUGGAGCACAAGAAAUGCCACACUGUCCCCACCGGUGGGCUCAAGUGCCCAUUCUGCAUUUAUUCCACCAACCGCCCUGCUGCCAUGGAGUGCCACCUCAAGACCCACUACAAGAUGGAGUACAAGUGCCGGAUCUGCCAGACGGUGAAGGCCAACCAGCUGGAGCUGGAGACGCACACCCGCGAGCAUCGCCUGGGCAACCACUACAAGUGUGACCAGUGCGGCUACCUGUCUAAGACGGCCAACAAGCUCAUCGAGCAUGUGCGCGUGCACACCGGGGAGCGGCCCUUCCACUGUGACCAGUGCAGCUACAGCUGCAAGCGCAAGGACAAUCUCAACCUGCACAAGAAGCUGAAGCAUGCCCCCCGCCAGACCUUCAGCUGUGGAGAGUGCCUGUUCAAGACCACACACCCUUUCGUCUUCAGCCGUCACGUGAAGAAGCACCAGAGUGGGGACGGCCCCGAGGAGGACAAGAAAGGCCUGAGUCCAGCCUCCAGAGAGCCACCUGGCCCUGGAGCCCCACUCCUGGUUGUGGGGGGUGGCCGGAGUCUCUUGUCCCCACUGUCAGUCAUGUCUGCCUCGCAGGCUCUGCAGACCGUGGCCUUGUCAGCAGCCCACAGCAGCAGCUCGGAGCCCAACCUGGCGCUCAGGGCCUUGGCCUUCAACGGCUCCCCACUGCGUCUUGACAAAUACCGGAACUCGGAUUUUGCCCAUCUCAUUCCCUUAACAAUGUUGUACCCCAAGAACCACCUGGAUCUCACAUUCCACCCUCCCCGACCUCAGACUGCGCCUCCCAGCAUCCCCUCACCCAAACACUCCUUCCUUGCCUAUCUUGGACUAAGAGAAAGAGCAGAGACUGUCUGAGGACAGCCACGUUCUGUACCAAAAACCAAGAGACAGAGACAGGAAAAGACAAAACCCCACAAAACUUAAACACAACCCCAGCAGGUGUAUGUUGCUGCAGAACCUACAGGCCCCAGGGGUCUGGACCAUGUGUGCUGUAUAUCUUUAGUAAGGAGUAGAAAAUUGGCUCUGUAUGUAUACCAAUUGCAUUGACCGGAAAGCUGCUUUAGCCAAUCUUCAGAGAGGUGUUGCUGCCUGCUCCUCCCGUCAGAGGCAUGCCUCCCCAGCCAUCGCUCCCACUCUCAGCCUCCUGAGUACUUCUCUCUCAAAGGAAUUUUGUCAUGUUAAACCCUAAAGAGAAUGUCCUUAAUAGCAGUCAGCACUUGGAAACUUCUCUACUGGUACAUUGGGUUUUCUCUUGGGUGACUGGGCUAUUGUGGACAUUUGUGAAUUGGAAAAGAGAAAAUGUGUGGUGUGUGUGUGUGUGUGUGUGUGUGGUGUGUAUGUAUGUGAUAUGAUGUGUGUGUAUGUCUGUGUGGUGUGUAUGUAUGUGAUGUGUGUGUGGUAUGUAUGUAUGUGAUAUGAUGUGUGUGUAUGUGUGUGUGGUGUGUAUGUAUGUGAUGUGUGUGUGGUAUGUAUGUAUGUGAUGUGUGUAUAAUGUGUGUGGUGUGUGUGUGAUGUGUGUAUAAUGUGUGUGUGUCUGUGUGUGUGGUGUGUAUGUGAUGUGUGUAUAAUGUGUGUGUGGUGUAUGUGUUAUGUGUAUAAUGUGUGUGUGUCUGUGUGUGUGGUGUGUAUGUGAUGUGUGUAUAAUGUGUGUGUGUGUGUGGUUUGUGCCAUGACAUUUCUAUCGCACAUUCUUUUUAUACUGGCCUUUCUAAUAGUGGUGAACAUUCUUUCUCUCCCCUUCUGGAUUGUUCAUCUACUACAGUCCCCUCACCUCCUUCACGGCCUUUCUCUCCCUAUUGUAUGGCUAUACAGUGGUAGGGCCUGGUACUUAGUGGAUCAAGACCUGCAGGGUGUCAGGGUGUUUCCAGUGGAGUGCUCAGCCUGGCAUUCACAUCUGCACUUGGGGAGAUGCAAAGAAUCAGGUGACCGCUCUGUUAAGAAAUGUCUCACCAUCUCCCAGCACUGCAGUUGGCAGCUGACAUCACAAACUUGGAUGUUCUGUGUGUGUGUGCCCAGGUGAAGGCAAGGUGUUCUGUGAAUGCACAGACACACACACACACACACGAGUGCAUUCUUUCUUAAGGGCAGAAUAUAUAUGUGUGUGAUAUAUUGAUUCAGUUGUUUGCAGGAAAAAAAACUUGUAUGAAUGGAAAUUGUUAUGGUUGAUAAAUCCAGCCAAGGAGAUUAAGGGUUUGGAUCGAUUCUGGGUGGAAAUGCCCAGACUAAAAACAAACGCAGCUUUGCACAGCGCGUUGGUCUUGCACUAGUUUUGUUUCUCAUUGGGGGAAAGGAAUAAGUAAAAGAAAAGGAAGGAAUUGUACCUUUUUUAUGGAAUGAGUAGACUGUGUGUCUGAAAUUUUAGCCACGACCUCUUUGACGUAUAAGGAAGGACCCAACAAAAAGGUGCUGUUAGUCCUAUGCCUCAGUUGAUGCCCCGGGAGUCCCCACUGCUCUCAGAGCCUCUGGUAUAGUGUACCCUCCACGGAUUAGCGACCCAUAUUCCGUUUUGCUAACGCCUCGUAGACGUAGCCUGCUAGGAGGCUGACGUCAUACUUAUUUAAAGCCCUUAUUUUUAUGGUCAUUAAAAUGGCAACUUAUUGCAGCACUUUAUCGCAGGUGUGGGUCGGUCGCAUAGCCCUCUGCUCGUCUUAACAAGUGAUGGAUGCUUUCAAAAGGAAAAGAAAGUCUCUGGCUGAACACGUUCAUGGCUUGUACUUGUACAACAGCAGGAUUUCCAGUGUGCGGCACCUGAAAGAGCGGGGAGAAAUGUGCUGUAUGAAAAUGAGACAUUGGAAUCUGAAAGUUUCUGUAGUAUUUGUCAGUGGAAGAACUGGUGUCCAUGAGGAAUGCUUUCUAACCAUUGCUGUUUGCCCUCGUGGUAGCAUCCUCGAGCUGGGCUCAUACCCACCUUUCUCUUUCAGUACUUUAACCAGGGGGGAAAUAAAAGCAUCCCUGACUUUCUUCCUCUAGUCAGAAGCCAGAAGACUGUCCAUCUUCAUCCCACAGGCUCCCCAUCCUCCUCAGCCUCUCUCUCGAAAACCUAGCAGCUCUCUACUUCCCUCCCCACACCUGCCACCCAGCCAUGGGUGAGGAGCCUAAUUAGGGCCCUGGCAAACAAGUUUACACUACGGAGAUGUCCACAAGGCAGGGAGACCACCCAGCUAGCACAGGAAGGCCCCAAAGCCUCCGCCGUUCUCCUGCAGAGACCUUCACUCUUGGCCUUGUGUAAAAUGUUGCUCAACUCGCCAUGUCAAUAUCUCAGUAAAAGACACUCUCUACUUUCUGGACAAUAUGCCCCCAAGGUCACUCUGGGUUUAUGGGUGGGUUCGUUGUUUUUUAUUUGCUUUUGUUUUUGUUUUAAAGCUGUGUUCUUAUCCCCAUUUAAUGGAGAAUAUGCCACUUGGCUAAUCAUGUGUUUUCAAACCUGCAGGCUCAGUGACGCCAGUUGUGGGGCCACAGUGGUCCCCAGAGGUGGGCAGAAAGGUGACCCCCCUGAAGUACCCACAGGUUAAGAACCUGGAUGGGUGACCCUGACAACGAGGACCCUGGUUUUACAGCAUGCCACGUGUGCAAUAAGAGGUCUUCGGGUGGGAACUUGAGAGAGGGAAGGGGGAGGUGGAUGGAGACGUUUACUGCUCAGAUGCCGCGCAUGUCACUGCUUGCCACUGAGCCUGUGUCUGAAUGACUUAGUAAUGCUUAAUGUAAUUGGGCAACUUUUUUAGCACUUUGGAAAGAGUCAUCAACCUUUCUGGUAAAUUAUAAAAAGUUUUCUGAGUGAGAAAACGUGUGUUUGCAGUUUGUUUGACUUUUUAUAUUAUUGUUGUUGUUAUUAAUAAAGAAGAAAAUCUACAGCAUUUUUCAGAAUCCACCUAGAUAAAUGUGCCCCUGAAUCUGGUUUGCAGUUUGAUACUCGGGGAAGGAUUACUCCCUAGAUCCUUCCAGGAAGAACACUAACAUCUUUGAGACACUCGUCUAGCAGCUAACUUUGUUCUCUUUUCACUAUGCGUUCUCCCAUGAAGCUGGCUUGGUUUUCCACGUAGUAAUGCAGUUAGGGCCCUCGGCACUUUCUUUCUCCUUGCCUUUCUUCUCCUCUCUCUCUUUUUUUUAACUCUUCAUAUUAUGUUCAGAUGGUCAUACUGUAAAGGUUUGUGUACAUUACUGAAAAUUUGUAUUGUAUAAAGCUUUUGCAUUACAAGGCUGUACAGGGUCAUUUUGACAGUAACUGGUAUUUUCCUUUGCAUCUUACGUUGCAUUGCCAAUUUCUAGUGUAUCAAGU